AUGACGCCGCCGCCAACGAAUGAAUCCGUCGUCUUCUGCAACAACCGCGGUUGCACCGUGUGGAAAUCCAGAGGCAUACAACUAAAGCGAUGUCAAGGAUGCAAGAUCAAGCGCUAUUGUCGCUGGGCCGAUCGGAACCGCACGCCGUGCUACAAUGGCCUGCUCGCGGCGUUGGAUCUGCCCAAUCGUCCGCAAGCUCAACAGGAAACCUUGCUGAUGGUCGAGCUCGGGUAUUCGCCAGGCGCGCAGCAUCUCAGCGACAGAUUCUCCACGACGAAGGUCAUGGUCACGAGGUGGCAGAAGCUGGAGGAGUCGGAGGAUGCGUGGAUAAGACAAAACCUCGCCAAGCUCGCCAUAAAGCGUGCGCAACUGGAGGCGGAAGUCAUGUCGCUGCCACAGUGGAUCGUUUAUGGAGUCGGAAUAGUCGUGCUCAUCGUCCACUUCGCCGAUCCGACGGCGAGAGCAGGCUACAUGUUCCUCGAUCUUCCGUAUCGGAUUCAGAAUCUCGACUUAUUGUCAAGACCUGUAUUCAGCCGGACUGGCUGGCCAUACGAACUGAUGGAAGAAUUAGAUGGAACGGGCAAGGGCCGCCGUCAUGUUUCGUAA